CUAAUUAGUAUCUACAGCUGUGAAACGUGAUACAAACACAUCAAGCUAUUUGAGCCCAUCGAAGUAUACCUUUUAAUUUGAAUGUUCUUAAGUCGAAAAGUUGUCGAGUACUUAAUUUUACGAACAUUAUUAUACUGUAUUUAUAUUAAUUUAAUAUGCCUAACUGUGCAUUAUGUGGUCGUACCAGAAAUUUAAAAAGUAUCUAUGAAAACAUAAUAUUCCACAGAAUACCAUCUAAUGAAAGUAUUCAAGAGAAAAUCAAACCAUUUCUUAUUAGUUCUAUUAGUUCUGCACAAACGUGAAUUUAAUAUUAUACAUCCACGGUUAAGAUUUCCCUGAGCAAUAUCAAAAUGUGUGGUGUAUCAAUGUAAGAAGAGAAUCCAGAACCUGAACAAAUCUCUGGAAACACAAAAUCUUUUAUUGAAAGUAUUGAAAACGAGGUACAGUGAAAACUCUUUACAACAAAAAAACUCUAUAUUACGCAAACAUUACAUAAUAAUGGUUGGUUUGCUUUAUAACAUAUUAGCCAAUUCAUUCUCCAUAACGUAAUAGUCACUUUCAAUAACGAAACAAUAUUUUAUGUUUCAUAAUACAAUUUAUGUGUUAUCGUAUUAUAAAUUAUAAAAGUAAUCGGCAAAAUGCCAAAAUUUUCAAGAACGAUUACAUUCUCUCAUUAACUACUUUUAAUAUCGUAAUAAUAUCAUUAUUAUCAGUAUUAAAUAUAUUCAUUUUAUUAUUGAUGUAAUGUCUAACAUUAAACACAUGAUCACAGUAGUGCGCUAACAUUCAUUAUGGCUAGUAAAAGAAAAACACUGUGUGUUGAUCAAAAAGUCGCUUUAAUACGUGCGAUUGAAAAAGGUGAAAAAAAAAGUGAUGUCGGGAAACGUUUUGGAUUCAGCCCAUCUACUGUCGCUACUAUCUGGAAAAAUAAGGAUAAAAUAUUGCAGGCUGAAAUAGAAAGGAGUUCUUGUAAAAGAAUAAGAAAACCGAAAUUUGAAGACUUGGACCAGGCCAUGUUGACGUGGUUCCAUAAACAAUGUAGUAAUAAUGUACUUAUAUCUGGGCCUGUUUUGAAAACUAAAGCUGAACAUUUUGCUCAACAAUUUGGUAUUAUAGAUUUUAAGGCAUCGGAAGGAUGGCUAGGAAAAUUUAAACAACGUCACAAUAUUACCUAUGGGAAAAUAAGUAGAAAAGUACUAAAUGUUGACUUGAAUGUUACUAACAGCUGGAUAAUUAAUGUAUGGCCAAAAUUGAAUGAAAAGUACACUCCGGAUGAUAUUUUUAAUGCUGGUGAGACAGGUAUUUUUUACAGAUUAACCCCAGAUAAAACAUUAAAAUUCAAAGGGGAAAAAUGCAUGGAAGGUAAACUUUCUAAAGAACGUAUUACUGUGUUUGUAGCAGCCAAUAUGAGUGGCACUGAAAAAAGAAAGAUUAUGGUAAUAGGAAAAUCAAAAAACCCCCGAUGUUUUAAAAAUAUUAAACGGUUGCCAGUCACUUAUAAAGCAAAUAAGUCAGCGUGGAUGACAUCAAUACUUUUUGAAGAAGAAAUAAGAAAAUGGGAUGCAGAAUUAAAGGGGCGAAAAAUUUUGUUAAUUGUGGAUAAUUGUCCUGCUCAUCCCAAUCUAUCUAAUCUUAUGAACAUAGAAAUGACAUUUUUUCCAGCUAACACACCUAGUAUCGUGCAACCGAUGGACCUAGGUGUUAUAAAAAGUUUGAAAGGCCACUAUAAAAAGAAAAUAUUGAUGGAAAUUAUCGAAUCUGAUGGCAAUGCCUCUAUCAAUAUGCUUGAUGCGGUGAACUUCUUAAGUAAAGCCUGGGAAGAGGUAACAGCAGAAACUAUACGGCAUUCUUUUCGUCAUGCUGGACUUCGAAGUAAUUUGGCCAAUGCUGAAGAAGAAAUAGAACAAUUUGAGAAAGAAGAUGAUAAUAUAUCACUGAGUGAGUGGAUUAUUCAGUCCAAUACUCCGCAUACUUUUACUCCUGAGGAUCUACAAAACUAUGUAGAAAUAGAUGAGAACCUGGUUACAACUAUAUUGUUAACUGAUGAAGAAAUCCUAAACGCAGUGACAAAAGGCGAGGAGGAGCAAAAGGAAGAUGAAGAGGAAGAACAACCUGACGAAGUCGUAAUACCAAGUAUUCAACAAGCACUUGAUGCGGCUAAAUUAUUAGAAAAGUACUUAUUGUUUCAUGAAGAUGAUCCAAAAUUAUCCCAAAACAUGGGACAAAUUCAUAGAAAAAUACAAAAAAAAUAUUGGCAAAAUAAACAAGUCCAAACAAAAAAGACUUUUUUAAAUAAAUUAAUUGUAUAAAAUAUAAUAUGUAAAUACAAUAUAAUGUAAAAAAAAUGAUGUGUAUGAUAAAUAAUAUUACAUAGGUAAUAGGUAUAUACUUUUAUACAUUAAUAAUUAAAAUUUUAUUUUUUUUUAAACCUUCUAUUACAAAAACUCUCUAACGAAAAAAAUCUCUUGGUCACUUCAGAUUCAUUAUAAAGAGUUUUCUUCUUAACUGCCUAGUAUUUUGUUUGGCAUUUGGAAUUUGAAUAAGGUGUAAUGAUAUUGUAUACAAAAAUUAUAUUAUUUGAUACUAAUAUAAUAAUAAAAAUGUAGUACUCGAUUCCAAAAUAUCUGCAAGUUUUGGUAGGUACAUACUACAUAUGAUAAGCCAUGUUUGUUCUUAAUUAUUUUAUUUCAUUCAACGAAUAAUUUAGCCAAUAUACAAAUGUACAAUAUUAUAUAGUUUAAAAUACAUAUAUUAUACACAUUAAGUAACAUUUCACAUUUAAAUAUUAUAUAAUAUAUGCCAAUAUUAAUAAAAACUUAUAUUAGUAAAUAAUACUUAUCACAUUACUAAAUUACUUUUUUAGUUCCUAUUAGAUUUGAUAUAGGUAAAUAAUUUACAAAUAAUUGUAUUUGUAUAACGUAUAAUUUGUAACUAUAUCUAGUCUAUAAUGUAUUUUUUAUAUAUACCUAUCAUGUUUAUUACGGGCAUUUAAAACUUGAAACCAAAUAUAUUGUAUAUCUGAGUUUUUAGUUAGUAUUAUGAAUUGUGCUCCAUUGUUUUACUAAAUGAUUUCAAACAUAUUGAGGAUUAUUAACGAGUAACGACAAAUUGUAUGUCUGUCUUGUAUUGAUCAUUGACUAUAGUUGUUGAGCUAGUUUAGGGGGUAAAUAAAGUUUUCUUUUAGUCACAAGACUUUUCUGUUCUGACUCCAAUGGAAAGUAUUGUUGACUAUAGUUAUGUAGUAACUCUUUACUGACUUCUGUUUCGUACAUAAGAUAGAUUUUCAUUUUCAAAGUAGUCUAGUAGUUUAUUCAAUUCUUCAACUAAAACAUAUAUUUCAUUAUUAGUAUUUAGUAGGUAUCUUUUUAUUUUCUACCUAAUAAAAUGAUGUAAACAUAUUAAUCCGUAUUGAUGUAGAUAUCUUUUUUGAUUACAGACUCGUGUAUAAAGAUGGCAAGAACUUAUAGAACUUAUAUGUUAUUCAAGAAAAAGCUGUUUGAGAAAAUGAGUUUUGUUUGAGAAAACAAUAUAUUUUUGUAACAGUUGUUUUUUCUUUACCUAUAUAAUUUAUAAUAUAUUCAUAAGGAUUAUUAAUUAAUAAUUAUACUCAAAUACUUAAUAAUAUAAAUGAUUGUAUGACGAGAAAAAUUAAAAUUGUAUUUCAUAAUAUAUAAAAACUUUUUGUUUAGUAGCUUUAGUUUCUUGAUAUUAUUACAAUUUCAUUUUCAGUUACUCAAUGAAUACAUGAAAUUAAACUAUUGUUCAUUGAUUAUGGCUUACAAAUAAAUCAUAUUUUAAUAUCAGUAUUAGAUAUUUGUUAGCUAUAGUAAUAUUAUAUACACUAUAAUAUUAUGAUAAUUACUGUAUAGUGUAUACGAUUUGUUGUUGAUGAAAAUUAGUUCAACCAACCAUAAAAGAACUAUCUAAUAUAAAAAUAAAUUACUAAUAUAAUGCACUGACUACCUAUUGUAUAAAAUACCUCCUCUAGCUAAUAGACGUAAUUAUAAUGAUUGACUAUUUUUAUACAAGCUAUUAAACGGAACUAUAAACUGCCCUGAGUUAUUGAGUCUUAUUGGCAUUAGAGCCCCUCCGGUUAAUACAAGACAAAAAACGUUAUUUCAUAUUUUACCCAGUAAAUGUAAUUUUGUUAAUCAUAAUCCCAUAAAUAAAAUUGUACAAUAUAGUAAUGAACAUCCAUUACAGUGAUUUAAUCGAUGAUAAGGUGCACCUACUAUGUAGCACAAUAACUUUGUUCGUUUUUUUUUUUUUUUUACUCAAAAAUAUAUUAAUAUUCAAAAAUUGAA